GAGAGAAAGGGAGAGAGAGAGAGAAAGAAAGAGAGAACAAAAGAGGAAGGGGAAAAGGGAAUUUAAAAGAAAAUCUUGAAGGAAAGGGAAACAGGAAGAAAAGAGGAAUAUGAUAGGGAAAGGAGAAAUAAUGGGGAAAAGGAAAAGGAUAAGGAUAAAAAGGGGACAAGUGAAGAAGAAAGAAAGAAGAAAAGGAGAGUAAAAAAUGAAGAGGAGAGGACUGAAUAGGGGAAAGGAAAGGGGAAAGAGAAGAGCUGGGAAGAAGAAAGAGGAAAAGAAAGAGAAAGGGGGAAACAAAAAAGGUGAGGAGAGGAGAAGCAGAACUGAGAUAAAGGGAAAUGAAGAUUUGCCUGUAGCACAUUAAAUCUGCACAGCCCAGCACCCCAGAUCAGCCUGGUCCUUCCUGGUCCAGCCAAGGAAUAGGUGCCCUGACACCACCCGAGUGCUGGAAAAGCACAAGGUGACCUGCCUGCCAGCCAGAGCAGGGCCAUGAUCACACUCCUACGUCCCUACAAACAGACUCCUGGGGCUUGCCUGCCCAUAUGCCCCAAUACAGCUCUCUUGGGCAUAGAGGAAUUGGAGGCUAUCCUGUGCCUCCCUUUCCCAUAUCACUCACUCGCUGGGGAGAGCCCAUCACUUGCUAUGGGAGGCUGAGCUGGUAACAGGUUUUUCCCCUACUCUGUCAUCAGGCCUGACCCAGGUGGACCAGUCUGAUCCUGGAGUGCAGGAUUGCUCAGCUUUGUCUCAGGACUGGCAGGGUGUGAGCAGAACUGGGGGAGCACAGCAGCUAGAAGCUAACCCUGUUUCUCCUUUCUGCCAGGGGCCCGUGUUGGAAGGAGAUCUAAGAUGAAGUUAUGGGAUGUUGUGGCUGUCUGUGUGGUGCUGCUCAACACGGUCUCCACCUUGCCCCUGCCCACCGGUAAGACGCCUCCCAAGGGGUCCCCUUCAGUGAUAGAGGGACCUGAAGAUGAUCUCUCCCCCAUCAGCCUGCUGCCUUCCUAUGCUGUGCACAGUGACUCUAAUAUGCCAGAGGAUUAUCCAGAUCAGUUUGAUGAAGUAGUGGACUUUAUUCAAGCCACUAUUAAAAGACUGAGGAGGUCACCAGAUAAACAGACUCCGAUUUUUUCUAGGCGGGAGAGAAACCGUCAAAACGCAGCGACAAACAUAGAGAAUUCCAGCAAGAAAGGAAGGAGGAAUCAAAAGGGCAAAAAUCGAGGAUGUGUCUUAACAGAAAUACAUUUAAACGUGACUGACUUGGAUUUGGGAUAUGAAACCAAAGAAGAGCUAAUUUUCCGGUAUUGCAGUGGAUCUUGUGAUGCAGCUGAGACCACCUAUGACAAAAUUUUAAAAAACUUAACCAAAAAGAAAAAACUGGUCACUGACAAAGUGAGGCAAGCUUGUUGCAGACCCACAGCCUUUGAUGAUGACCUAUCCUUUUUGGAUGAUAACCUGGUUUACCACAUACUGAAAAAACAUUCCGCAAAAAGGUGUGGAUGCGUCUGACAGCUGCUUGCCAGAGACGGCACCAGUUUUCCAUUCCUACUACACUGCAAAGAGAGGGACCAAGGUUCCCAGGGAAAUGUCUACUCAGAGUGGAGAAAAAAGGACCAAGAACACAAAAAAUGAGGAGCCAUGAGAGCCUGGGAAUGGGGGGACACGAAGCAGAGUAGAAGGAUGGAGACUUUUGAUAUCCUAUGGGGAUUUAGAUAAAAGCUCAGGUGGAGAUGCCGAUGGAUGGAUGGUGUGCACGCUACCUUUCCUGUUUGACUCAGUCCACCAUCAGUGAGACUCAAUCCAUGAGGAACGUGCUUAAAAACACAACCCUACCAUACCACGCUGUGUUGUAGUUAUGCCAUGAUAUAGCAGUUAUACCAAGAAGCUUAGCAAAGAAGUAGGUUAGGAGUACCUUACUAAUCCCCUGUGCCCUCAGCUCUACUGAAAGACACAUUGUGCUACUGCUCAUCGGAGGGCAGUUCCUGAGUGCUUAGGACAACUCCUAAGCUAUAAUAAGAUUAACCUUGUAAGUAAGAUGAUAUUGGGCAAAUGUCAGAAAGACCAGGCUCAAGUUUUCACAAAGCAAAACAGUUCUGCUUAGUGGCUAAGUUUGGUUAUUUCCAUCUCGUGUUUCUUCCUUGAGUGCAGGAUUUCAUUUUUCUGCUACCUAUGAAAACAAGUUGAGUUUUUAAGCACUUCUUCCUAGUAUAGUAAGAGAAAUAACAAGCCCAGCCUACACAAAAUGCGUUUCUUUAGGUUUACAAAGGACUAAAGUCACUUGCGUAACUACAUUUCUAUUUGGUCAUUGUGAGUGAGCAGAGACUACUUGAUGCAAUGCAUCCCUUCAGAGACAUAAAUAUACAGAAGAUAUUUAUUGCAAUUAAGUUAUUGUUAUUUAUUACAGUUCAGUAAUGAGUCUCCUUAUUUAUUAAAGUGUCUUUCAAAGGUGCCAAAGUAGAUGGCACUUGGGGAUAUAGAGAGACAAAGACGUUGGGAACAACGGUCCAUGCUUUUGAUUGAAAGUGUUAACUUGAAUGCAAAAAAUCACUUACUUUACCUUUUUUUUCCUUUAAACAAAAUCUUGAUUAUGUUCACAAAAGGUAGUGCCAAAGCCUGCAGCCCUUCUUCCUAUUCAAUAAUCCUUUAGCAAAUUUCUGCAGUCAAACAUGUGCAGGAGCAGCAAUGGCUCUGGACGAGUGAGGGUCGCAGAACUUGGCUCGACAUUAGCAAUUUGUUAGAAAAACUAAUUUUAGUCAUAUUUUAAAUGUAGCCACAUUUUUUUCUCACACUUUAUGCCAACUGACCUCAUAUAACUAUUGACAAAUGGAAAAUAAUCACAUUUAGCCUUAUAAUUUCUUGUUAUAUUUAUUUAAGCUUUUCCUUCCAUAUUUCCAUAUAGAAGAGGUUAAGUUCCUCUUACUAGUUAGCCCUGGAUUUAAUAUAGUCUGCAAGUAAACAGUUGUGUUAAAUAACCAGAGUGUUUUGUAUAAUUUGCUGAAACAUUACAGGAUUGUACCCAUGCAGCCAAACAGUCCGAGUUUCCUUAGGACGAGGGAGGUGGUGCAGCAAAGGUGUUCACACGUGACCGCUAAUGCAAGCUCUCGUUCUGGAGACAUUUUUUGCAAAGGAGCAGGAGUACAGGUCACUAGACAUACCUGACAACCGGUGAAGCAUCAACUCCCACAAAAACAACAUGAAAAAAAAAUUCCUACUGAAAAAGAUGGUCCAACCAUUUAUCUCAAGUAUGCAAUGGCUCUCCAUACUCAUUUUGCCCCGGGCCCCUUGGGGCACCACUAAGGAAGGGUCUAGAGGUCAAAAAAGUCCAGAACAGGCAUAGAAAGAUGCACCAGGUAUAUGGCAUAUAAUUCAUCUCUGACUUCCGCUGCUUUCCUGGGCGGAUGGAGGCUGGCCCCAGAGAACCACCCGCAGGGUCUGUUCUCACACUGCCAGGGAGACACCUUACCCUCCACGCUGCUCAGGGGUGGUGACACCACCAGCACUGGCAUAAUGUGGGUACUAAAAGCCUGCCAAGCUGAGGGUCAGCUGCGCUGCUGUGCAGCUGACGAGUGACAGCGCUCAGAGGUGUCCUUUCCCUGGCCCCAGUUGCUGAAAACAAAACUUGCCUCAAAGCAUUUUCUGUGCAGCUUGAAGAGGCUGCAACCAAAGCAAAUCUCUAUGUUCAAAAUACAAAAGGGUAAAGUUUGUGAUUUUUUUUUUAAAUUUUUUUAGGGUAUUGUUUUUUGUUUUGUUUUUUUUUUAGGUUGUUGGUUUUUUGGGUUUUUUUUUAGUUUUCAGACCUUACUGAAGACAGGAGUGUGCUUAUCUGGAUUUUUUUACUUCACCUGCAAUUAUAUGUCUCAGUCAUUUGUGUUAACCAACCAAAGUUCUCUACAGACUUUAUUUUUGUACAAUAUUCAUUUUAUAACUUUUUACAAAAUAAAACUCAUUUCUAUUGUUA